CAGCAGCCUGCCUUGCCCGCCCGAACGCCCUCCGGACGCGUCGCCUUUUUGAGCCCUCCCGCUCCCCGUAAGCGCGGCAGGCAGAGGAGGAAGCGUCAAAAUGGCGGCGGGAGGAGAACUUUUCGGAGUGAGCGGCGGCUGUAUGUCAGUAAGCCCUGGCAGUUAUUGAUGAAGCAACACUACAGGAGGCUGCUUUUGCUUUGCAUUUAUUGGAGGAAAUUCAAACAGUUAUUUCCUGUGAACUGGAUGCAAUCACUACGAGUCAGCUUACAUGUGUAGAUCAUUGCGUUACUGUGUUAGCCACUGUCUCUAUGCAGCAAUGACAAGACUAGACGAGGCAAACCGAGAAGUGAACAUGCACUCAUCUGUCCGGUAUCUGGGCUAUUUAGCCAGAAUUAAUUUAUUGGUUGCAAUAUGUAUGGGCCUUUAUGUCAGGUGGGAGCAGACAGCAGAUGCAUUAAUACUUGUAAUUUUUAUCCUGGGACUUUUUGUUCUUGGAAUUGCCAGUAUACUUUAUUACUAUUUUUCAAUGGAAGCAGCAAGUUUAAGUCUCUCUAAUCUUUGGUUUGGAUUUUUACUUGGCCUUCUCUGUUUUCUUGAUAAUGAUUCUUUUAAAAAUGAUGUGAAAGAAGCAGCAACCAAAUAUUUGCUACUGUCUUCCAUAAUCAUAAGAAUAUUGUUUGCUUUCGUGCAAAGGAUAUGUGGCUGUAUUCAUCAUCGACCUACUUUGCUGACAACAGUUGAAUUUCUUGAGCUGGUUGGAUUUGCAAUUGCCAGCACAACCAUGCUGGUCAAAAAAUCUAUGAGUAUUAUCUUGUUGGUGGUGGCUUUGGCAAUGCUGAUUAUUGACUUACGGAUGAAGUCUUUCCUGGCAAUUCCAAAUUUGGUAAUCUUUGGAGUCAUUUCCUCUUGGUUAUUUUUUCCAUCCCUACUCAUACCAACGAACCCAUUUGCCUUGGGAUGCUUUUUCAGCUGUCUAAUAACGGAUCCUCUUCUUGAUAUUUACUUCAGUGGACUUUCAGUUACAGAACGUUGGAAGCCCUAUUUGUAUCGUGGUAGAGUAUGCCGGAGAUUUUCAGUCAUUUUUGUUGGCCUUAUUGAACUUAUUUAUUUCAUUCUUUCAGCCCUGAAACUAGGUGAUUUGGACGUCUGGUAUUUUGUGAUACCUGGCUUUUCCAUUUUUGGAAUUUUCUGGAUGGUCUGCCACAUCAUUUUUCUUAUAACUCUCUGGGGAUUUCAUACAAAAUUAAAUGACUGCCACAAAAUAUAUUAUACACACAGGACAGAGAACAACAGCCUUGACAGAGUUAUGGCAUCGAAAGGAAUGCGUCAUUUUUGUUUAAUUUCAGAGCAGCUUGUGUUUUUUAGCCUUCUUUCAACAGCAGUUUUGGGUACUGUAUGUUGGCAGAAAUUCAAUGGAAUCUUCAUGAGUGUGUUUCUGAUUGUCUUGCCACUAGAAUCCAUGGCUCAUGGACUAUUUCAUGAAUUGGGCAACUGUUUGGGAGGAACAUGUGUUGGCUAUGCAGUUGUGAUUCCUACAAAUUUCUGCAGUCCUGAUGGCCAACCAACACUGCUUCCACCUGAGCAUGUACAAGAGUUAAAUUUGAGAUCCACUGGCAUGCUUAAUGCCAUCCAAAGGUUCUUUGCAUAUCAUAUGAUAGAGACUUACGGCUGUGACUAUUCAACAAGUGGAAUUUCUUUUGACACCCUUCAUUCUAAGUUAAAAUCUUUUCUUGAACUUCGGACCCCUGAUGGACCCAGACAUGAUACCUAUGUGUUAUAUUACAGUGGCCAUUCUCACAGCACUGGAGAAUGGGCGCUUGCAGGUGGUGAUGCAUUACGGCUCGACACACUUAUAGAAUGGUGGAGAGAAAAGAAUGGCUCUUUUUGUUCACGGCUUAUUAUACUGUUGGACUGUGAGAACUCUCAGCCGUGGGUUAAAGAAGUAAGAAAAGUCAGCGACCAGUAUGUUGCAGUUCAAGGAGCAGAACUGGCCAAAGUGGUAGACACAGAAGAGUCAGACCUCCCGCACCUUGGUGAUUUUACUAGAGAAUGGGUUGAAUACAACUGCAAUCCUGACAACGACAUCAGCUGGUUUGAAAAAGGGCGUACCGUGAAAGCCAUGUAUGGCGUGUCAAAGCGGUGGAGUGACUACACAUUGCACUUGCCAAGUGAAAGUGAUGUUGCCAAACACUGGAUGAUCUAUUUCCCACGCAUCACUUACCCACUGAUUCAUCUGGCAAACUGGUUCUGUGGUCUUAAUAUUUUCUGGGUUUGCAAAGCUUGCUUUAGGUGUUUGAAAAGAUUUAAGAUGAGUUGGUUUCUUCCCACAGUUUUGGACACAGGACAAGGCUUCAAACUCGUCAGAUCUUAAUUUAAGAACCAAAGAUGAUAAGAACUGGGAACUCGUAGAACUUGAAAAUAUGACUGAUUUUUAUUUUAACAGUUUACUGUUUGAAGAAACUUUGCUACUUUUGUAGCUGUAUUCCCUUUGCUCAUUGUCCUGAGCAACUAAAGUAUUUGCAAAGGGUUUAGAAACCUCAUUAGAAAACAAGAAGCAGCAAACGUGUUAAUUGUUACUGAGCUGAAUCUGAAUUCCAUGAAAGUUAUGAAACACGACCAUGUCCUUGAGAGACAGGUUUGUCUGCGCACUUGCACAAAUUGAUUUAAAUUGGCACAGUUUCCAUGCUUUUUACUGUUAAAUUCCUGAUGUGUUCUCAGCACACCACUUGGCACUCAUAUGUAAAAGGAAGUAAUUAUGAUCAUAUGUUGCUUUGAUAAGUUUCAGGCUUCCUGAAUUAACAAUGAAAUGAAAUUAAAACAAAGCAAAGAACCAUGUCAGGAAGCUAGUAGCAGUCCAGGAAUGCUUAAGUGAAUGUAAGUUUGAUAGCUUUUUAAAAUUGGAAUUCCAUGUACUUAGAACAGCAGCCUUACAAGAUGCGGAUAUGGAAACAACUUGAUGUUAGCAGUAUUCUUUGGAUGGCAAGGCAUGAGGUUGGUCCAAUUCUU